AUGGCUGCGUCCUUCAUCACUAGCUGUUCGCAAAUAAGCUACUGCUCCUAUAGCCACGGGUUCGACUUAUCCCUGAUGGUUCUGGGGAUCUGGUUCCCCUGGGGCCCGCAUCUCCACUGUGGGCCACAGUGGGCCCCAGCUUUGAGCGCAGGAGCAGAAGGGACCAGGAGACAGGUGCUGGAGAAGAAGAGAGAAGUCCCUAUAUGGUCAGACACAAAAUAUGCCACCAAUGAUAUUCAGGAGCUUUGUGAUAAGGUGAAGAGCAAAGUGGAGGGUCAAACGGGAAUGGAUUAUGAGAUUUACAAAGCCCUCUUUUACAGAGUAAAGAACAUUGUUCACCAUUAUUUAAUCAAGUAUUAUGUUGGAGAUGAUAAUGAUUACCUCCAUCUGUGGGUCUUCCGAAGUUUUUCUACGGAUAGAUUGGAGAUAGACCUGAUGGGAGUUCAACAACAACACAAGUGGGAUGAUCCGCUCAAACCUUUUGACGAAAACUAACAUCCAGACACUUAGCUUCAUUAUCCUCCAGGAGAUUGCCCUGCAACUAAAACACACUGAAUUGUUACUUUGAUAAUUAACUACAGUAAUGACACAAUGCUGUUAUCUGUGGGGUUUGGUGUUUAAGUAAAGGAUAUGAACUGUAAUGUCAAUAUAAAAAAUAUGCAACCAAUAAAAUAACA